ACUGUAUGUAUACAGUGCACAGUCUGUGGAUGACAGAAUGCCUAAAUGCCUUACUUUGCAGAAACUUAAAUGCACACUGUGCUGGGUAUAUUGUAUCCCACAAUGCAAUGUGUUCAACUUAAUCUUACAAUGAACAUUUAAAGUUUGAUGAAGGUCCCAGAAGUAAUUUUUGAUAAAUGUUUUAUUAAAUUAUCUAUUAAAUGCAAAAUAAUAGUCUUUAUUUCUGAGAUACCGCUGGAAUCACAUUCACUGAAUUAUUUGAUAAAACAUACGGCUGUUUGAAACUUGUCACUGCAUGUAUUCUGUUUAUAACAUAGGCUGUUUACAGUGUAUACUGUAUAGUAUUCGGUGAUAUAUUGGAAUGGAAUAAUAUUAGCUUACUUUAUGCUAAAUAGUUACUACCUUCUACUUUUAGUGAGUGAAUCAGCAGGCAAGAUGCAACAAUACGGUAUGCUUUGUUCUUGUCGCCUGACCUUAUGUUGCAUGUUUCAAAUCCAGGAAAAUAAAAUUAUAUAUUUUUCUGUAAAAUAUAGUUUAUUUUUAUUUCGAAGUCAAAUAAAAUACAGAGUUAAAAUUUGCCUGUAAAUUCAGGUUCAUUUAUCAAUCUGAGAAAUAGAAGAUCAAAUAAUUUACAUUUCAUUAUGGGAAGCAGUAUGGUGCACGGUGUUUCGUUGUAUUGUGCAAAAUUUGGGAAAUCUAACAGAAAGUCAACACAUUGUGCCCUGUAUUCAUACUAUAAGAAUAGUGAGAAUUGGUAAAAUGGAAUGGAGUUAGUAAAAUACCAAAUAUCCCCCAGCCAUUAACCCUGUAAAGGCCUCUAAAUGAAAAACUUUUAUAGUUUUGACUGAUAGUUUAUGCUUAUCGCAAAUUAUUAAAUGGCAUUUUAGUUUAAUUCUAAAGUAGACCUCCUUCAGGUUGUGGUAUGCAUGCCUUUUUACUUUUUUUUGUUUUGUUUUGUUUUUGCUAAUUAUGGCCCACUGAAUAAAAUUGGAGAAAAAAGUUGUUCCACCUCAAGUGUGAGCUCCAUAUUCUUCUGUAUCUUAUAAAAGGUUUUACAAAUAUUUUGUUAAUUAUCUACUGAGUAUGUGUAAUAAUAUGAUUUAUUGCCACCAACUGGCAGGACUAAAACUUCAUUCUUUCUUAAAAACAACAACAACAACAACAACAGGCAUAAACUUUGGCAAGACAUAAUGCUUCAUUUUAUUACAAUAUUCAAAAAGUAAACCAUGGUACUCACAUCUGAAAUGUGUACUCACACUCUCGUCCUAACCUGAUUUUGAUUUAAACAGCAUUAUAUUUUUAUUAAUUAAUGUGACCUAGUAGUUAAAAUCUAUGCUGUUAAGUGAAACUUGCAGGUUCAGAUAUCACUUCCAUUAAAUGUACUUUUGACUCAUUGAUUUUCUAGUGGUGAUGGGGGCAUUGGAUAUAGACCUGCACUUAAGGACCUUACGGUGGGACAUAGCUGCAUCCAAGGAGUGGAGUUUCACCGAUCUGGAGCCUAUGAUCCCAGCUCUGUUUCACACACUCACUCUCAUUUGGACACACUCACACUUCUACUGCUGGCCACCGUGUAUCGUCACACACUACUUGAAAAGGUCUGCAACCUAUGACAAGGAAUUGUUUACCUCAGAUCUGGACUUUCCAAAGCUGGAACGGAUUGAGCGGGGCGGCUCUCAAGGGAAGAUUCUCAGUGAUAUGAUGUACAGCAUGAAUGAUGAGUUCCUGGACUGCUGGAGAAUGCUGAGAGAGAGCAAAUAUGACCCACUCAUCUACAACAACAGCUCCUACAGAUGUUUGGUAAUUUGGAGAGGCCGUGGGUUCUCCAGCUUUUUGAUCCAAACUACUCUCAGCUGCUGGUCAUGUUCCAGGAGGAGGUCAUCCUCUGUCAGCACAUCCUGGACACCCAGAGGGAAAAGUACACCAGUACUCUGUUCCAGAUCACUCAGUGGUAUAAUAAACUACACAGCACAUUUCUGGCAGUUAAAAGCUGCUUUGGGAGAGUCAGGCCAGUGUUAAAGGAACUGUGGUGGUGUUAUGAACACCUUGCUGACUACAUUAAGAGCAUACGUGAUCUGGUACUUGGUGUGUCGGAGCAUCUGCAGAGGAGCAAGGCUAACUUGUAGAAACUGCAGAGGCUGAUGGGAAUUUUCAGCCACUUUGUCUGCAUUACAAAUAGGGCUAGUCGUUUUGGCAAUCUGCUCAACCUAAACGACGUAGAGGAGAACUUCAAGGGACAAUAUACUCUAAUCGGUGACACAGGACAGGAGAUACAUGAGCUGGUGCAGGUGUUGGUUUCAAGGUUUGAUUAAAGGAAUGAGUAAAAGUAGUUUACCUAAAAAUUUAAAUUUGCUGAAAGUUUCCCCUUAACCCAGCCAAGAUGAGUUUGUUUCUUCAUCAGAACAUGUUUGCAGAAAUUUAGCAUUACAUCACUUGAUAUAUCACUUGAUCCUCUGGAGUGAAUGAUGGCCGUCAGAAUAAACUCAAACAGUUGAUAAAAACAUCAUAAAAACCCACAAGUAAUGCACACGACAGUUUUUAAUGAAUUUUAUGCGAGGUGAAAAUCCUACAUGUUAGUAAACAAAUCUACCAUUAAGACUUCAAACUGUAGCUUCUACCUAAAAUAUGAGUCUUCUAUCUAUAAUAGUGGAAAAGUCAUCUCAUCUGAAUCAGGAGAGAAAUAUCAAGCACUGUUUAAAUGCGAAAACAGUUCUAAACAAAUAUGUCGGUGGAUUUUUAUUUCAGAGGACUGGACAAAAGUGGACAGACUUUUUCACUGGAGGAAUUAUAAUGGAUUAUGGAAUGGUAUUUUUGUUAGAAGUGAGAAUUUACAUUUUAUUCAUGAUGGAUUUUUGGAUGGACUGGAGUCAUAUGAAUUACUUGUGUCUAUAUUUACUGUAAAUUUGAUAUAAACAAAUGGUAAAAUCUCUAUUAAUGGACACUUUAUAUUUUUGUCAUGGUAUAUAUCUUUCAUACCAUCCAGCUCUUCUCUAUAAAUAAGCCACUAAAUUAAAUAAUAUGGAUGUACAAAAUCAUAUGAUAGGGACCAUAAAACAUUUAGAUGCACUUUAGCUUCUUAAAUUAGGCAUUACUUCAAGCUAAUUUAAUAUUGUAUUUUCAAUUAAUGUAUUUAUGUUUUGUUUUUCUUCACAAAAAUUGGUUUGAGAUCAAUAACUGGGGCCCUUUCUCCCUGUUCUUGACCCUGUCCUAAAGGAAUG